CAAAUAAACAAAUAAAUAAAAUCUUCAAAUGAAAAUUACAUCUGUAUUUUUCAAGAUAGCCUUUUCUGAAGAAGAAAAAACGUGGUGUCUAUGGAUACAAAUGUACAGUUGCUUUGACUGAUACCACAUAUAUCUAAGCAGGAUAAAUCUUGAUACAGAGAAAGGCUUUUUCUUCCACUAAGCAAAAAGUUGAGUUUGUGUAUAUAGGUUUGGACAUAGGAGUUAGAAUUUAUUUGCUCUGCAUAAUAAAAGGAAUAAAAAAAAUAGGGCUCUUUGGGCAAACUAGGGAGGAAAAGAAAGAUCUGAGAAGCAAAAGAGAGGAUAGAGAGAGAAAAAGACAGGAGAAAUGAGGGAUAAAAAUCUCACAAAAUGCCUAUGAGUGCUGUGUGUGGAUUUUACAUAGAAACCAAUGAAGAGGCCAUAUUUUCAGCAUGAGCAGAUAAAGCACAAAAAAGAAACUGCUUGUACAAGCCCAAGAGCUGAAUGCAGAGUCAAUGCGGAGAAGAGUCUUUGGAGACUGCUAGAAAUCCUGGGGAGUUUAUUAGAUUCUCACAGAUCACAGAACUGGAGAUAUGGAAAUCAAGUUUACUUCCCUUUCUGAGAGAUGUAGAAAGACUCCUGUUAGCAUUCCAGUUAUUUAUGCCCCUGAACAAUGUUUAUUCACUUAUUCAAAAGAUAUAUAUGAAGUAGUAAGGCAGCGUGUAUGCUAGGUAUUAUGAUACAGUAGCAAAAAAAAAAAAGAUGGAAAAUAAAGAAGAUUCUGGUCUUUCCAUGUGGAACUUACAGUCAUAUUCAGAGCAGACAUAGGUUACAGAUGUUGGUAGGUAUUAAGACUUAAAUAUUAAUGUAUUAAUAUGUGUUUGGAGGUCAGACUGGGAGGAAAAAACAGACUGCAUGAGCCAGGGAGCAACGUCUGGAGAAGUAACAUUUAAGCUGAAGUUAAGCUGAAGAUGGAAAAAUGAGGAGAUGUGACAUGGGAUGAGUGAAGGAAGAGGGCCCACACCGAGAGGGCCUCCUACCAGACUCUGAAGUGAGAAAGAGUGAGGUUUACCAGAGGAACGUGCAGAAGGUCAGCUGGUGGAGCAAACAGCCAGGGAGACGUUAAUACAACAGAAGUCAGCUGGUACAGGGACCCAUAGGUCUUGUUAAGAUUGGAGUUUCUGAUCUGACAGCACAAUGGCAAGUCAUUGUAGAAUUUUAGACAGAGGGUAUGGAACCAUAUCUGUGCUUUUUAAAAAAAAUCUCCCUAGCUUCAGUCCAAUUACAUUGGACACAUCUUACCUGUUACAGUCUCCUUAUUUCAUAUAGCAACAGCUCUUGCACGUUUUUGCAUGUGGAUUAAUAUUUGCUUUGUGAGUCCUUCUGACCCUCCAGGAACCCCCAAAAGGAUUCUUUGGGAAGAAAUGCAAAAGGAAGUGUAACUACACCGACAAUGGCCAUCACCACAGGGUCUGUGGUGCUUGUAUGUGUGGGCCAGGGUGCCUUGGGAGGUUUUGUCACCUGAGUAAGUCAUGGGCAAUAAUUUGCCCUCUACAUGAAGCAAGAAGGCUAAAAAAGUACCAAAAAUAUGUUAGAGGAAGAGGGUAAAAAACCUAGCAUUUUAUAUAGUCCUAUCAUAUAUAUGAUGGUUUACGUUCUAGUCUUUGUUUAGCCUCCUGACAUUAUAGAAUCUAGAUUUUGAUGAAUGAAAGAAAACUAUUUCUGAAUCACUUACUUUUUUUUUUCUCGUUAUUUACCUCAAGAGGAUUUCACGGGCACCUUCAAAUGGACAUUUGACACUUUAGGAGAAUUGAAUAUCAAAAGCCCAGAGCUACUUUCUUUUAUUUCUGUGUUCUAAUGCAAAGCAAUAUCCUUCCCCAGGAUUUCUAAAACGGCUAUUCAUUUUGCAUUUUGACCAUCAAUCACAUUUUGCAAAAGUUGCAAGAAAAUGCAAUCACCAAUAAAUACUUCAGCCCAUCAGAAACUUUCAGGAUUUCUCCUAGUGAAUCAGUGCCAGAUGCCCACCACCCCAUCUUGAAGCUGUGUACAAGUACCUGUGAGCCUACAGAAAUCUCUGCCCUGUUCCUCUGCCUGUUUCACAUGCCCUCUGGAAAUCCUUCCUCAGUGAACCUCAGUAAUACCAUGACCUGCUUUUUAAUAACAGAGACCUUUUGGAAUCUUAUCUCGUAUUUUUACCUGAAUGUCCAUCGAUCUUAUCUGCUUUAUAAAAGGCACGCCCCUUGAAAACAGAGAGUAAACUGUGAAUACUCUAAUAAGAGAGUCUGUGAAGGCAUCGUAGAAAACUGAACCUGGGUCAUGAAGAAAGACUGUCCCAAGGGGGUCUAUGGAGCUGGCUGCUCUUCAGAAUGUCAGUGUGUGGAGGAGAACACCCUGGAAUGCAGUGCCAAAAAUGGCACUUGCACCUGCAAAUCUGGUUACCAAGGCAACAGAUGCCAGAAAGCCUGUUCUGCUGGCCUCUGGGGACUGGAGUGCCAGCUCUCCUGUGGACCCUGUGAGAAUGAAAGUCAGUGCAACAAAAGAACUGGAAACUUCAAUUGUCCUCCUGGUUACACAGGAAAAGCCUGUACCACACGACUGUCAUUCUGGUACUGUUGACAAGCAUCUCAAGCAGCAUAAAAGUGUGCUGGAGCAGCAGUUGGCUAUCCCUAACUUACAUUUUUGCUUAAAAAAAAAAAAAGACCUUAAAGGUUCAAAAAGACUGAGUGCCAUAGCUAAAAGCAUCGUUGAAAUGUCAAAUGCCAUACCAGUUUACGCUCAGUUUAACGAAGGAGAAAGAAUGCUUUUGUGUGUCUGCAUGCAGCUUGUCCGACCUAUUUCUACAGCCCAAGCCGCCUGCUGCACCACAUCAGUAAUGAUAGUUCUCCGUGGGACCUUGAUACUCGCCAGGGUACCUGCCUGUCCAACUGGACCCAGCCUGAUGACAGAUGCUUGUUUGAAUGAGAAGAUGAUGGCACUAUACAUGCUGGUAAAGAAGUUUGGUACAGACGGAUGUCCUCAAAGAAGGCAAGUUACCUCCUGAAUCUUGGGUAACAGAAUUGACUAACUGGAGGGCCAGUGAGGGGC